ACACCGGUGACCAUCGCCUGACGCUCAGAUCGGAGAGCCGUAGAGUUGUUCAAGUGGCUGAACCGAACAUGCGACUUUUUGUCAUUCGAACAGUCCAAGUGCCGUCACUGCCGCCUGCAGGAUGAACCUGGGCAGCAUCCCCGGCUACUACUACGAUGCCGAAAAGCAGAAGUACUUCAAGGUCCAAGCGGACCAUGUAGUUCCUACUGGAGCCAAGUAUGCACACUCGGAAGUCAAGCGGGAGCAGCGUCAGUCCAAAAAACGUAAAGUUGUUACUCUGCAACAGGAACGACGCUUAAAGCAGACAGUCCAGCGUGCACGAAUGCAUGACUCCCUUACUGCCUUGGGCUUACGAAGUGAACUUGGUCUUCGUGAGAUCACAGGAGUGCUUGCAGAUAGAGACGCUGCGUUCGUUGCAAAUCUUCGUCCGCGUCGCCGUCGGGUUUGGGUUCCCACUGCAGGCUGCAGGAUCGCUGGUACCGUUCAAGAUUUCCAAACGUUUCACAGGACCCAGAACGUCAUAGCCUACAGCAAUCAACACUAUGGCACAAGUGUUUUUUUCGUGGAGGGUCCGCCUUACAAGGACUCUUCCAAGGUGGGCAGUUCUGGUCAAACUGUCAACCAGCGCAUUAACAGCUGGCCAUGCAUUGCGUUCAACAGUUCGCUCGUCAACUUGCACGUAGUACCACCUGACCGACCCAUCUAUCCACACGGCACGGAGGGUGAAACUCCGCUUCUCAUAGCCGUUGCCCGCGAGCCCAAAUCACCAGGCAACGUCUACCUUGGCGGCCCACACACCUCUCAGUCCAUGUUCAGACUUGGUGAGCUGGCCUCAUGGCUAUGGGCGUCUUCACUGCACCCCGCGACUCUUCAACUGGCCGUCUCCGGUAGCGACGACGUUUUCAUCCUUGAUACCGCGACGGCAAGUGUCGCCCAUUGCCUAGACAUACCGUACGAAAGCCGCGAUAUCGCAUGGCUGAACCGCAAUACAGUAGCUUUCGGGACUCAGCCAUGGUCUCCAGAGAGAAUGAAGCCUUCGCAAAAAGCAAAGGUUAGCGAAAAGUACGCUCUCGCUCUGUGGGACCUACGUUCGCACGGCCAGUCAUUUCGGUUUCUGCAUGCCUUACCGCUGACCGGUAUCCGCAUGCCUGAUAAGGAGGAGAGUAACGUGCAAAUACUCGUCUCGGACAAUCGUCGCAUCGAUCUCUACGACACGCGAAUGGCUAAGUCGCCGCUACUGGGCUUCGACCAUACGCAUCAAGGGCCUCAGAUUGAGCUUGACGUCUCUCCGAAUGGUGAUUUGGUGGCGGCUCUUGACGUGGGCCAAGUGGUGCAGACGUAUAGUCUCCGCUCCGGUCGCCACGUGGAGGCGCUUCCCCAGCCUCAGAGUCACGACACGGCGAUGAUGACAAAGUUGCGAUGGAACACGAGAAGUCCUGGCGAGGUGCCGUCUCUGCAGGCAUGCCAAGGAGGAAGUAUCGUCGAGUGGUCAUGGAGCCCGACCGAGGAAGACGCAGAAGAUUGCUGAUUCCUAAUCUGUGAUACCCCAAUAGCGUGUUAUAUAUGAUUUCCUGUCAGCAACCGCAUAUGUGCUGUUGGUCUUGCAAUGACCGGCUCACCUUGCGGGAGCUUCGUGCGAUGGAGAACUAUUG